GUGUGUCUUUCAAAUUUGUCGGUUACAUGUAACAAGUUUUUUGCGUUAGCUGGCUGUUGACAUGAUGAUGGGAACCAAAACAGCAUCGGGAGACGCCGUUUUGCUUAAUAUGCGAGGUGAAAUGCAACAAUUCGAUAACGACAAGACAUGGAAUGUUGUAUAUGAACAAUUAAAAAAUAAGUCUACAGUUCUGACUCAGAAUUCUUCAGUCGAUGCCGCUAGGGAUGUCAAAAACCGAUGGAAGAAUCGCUACCGGGAUGUUAGUCCGUUUGACUCUACCAGGGUUUUCCUAUGUAAUGCUCGUGAUGGUGACUAUAUUAAUGCAAGCUUUGUCUUCAUUCCGGAGGUGCCGUCCAGAAAAUAUAUACUCACUCAGGGUCCAAUGCAGCAAACUGUGAAUCAUUUCUGGCUAAUGGUUUGGGAGCGACAGUGCCCUGCCAUUAUUAUGCUCAAUCGCCUUGUUGAAAAAGGCUCUCUUAGGUGUCAUCCUUAUUUUCCUUAUGAUGGUGGUCCUUCUGUACUAAAAUUAGAAGACGUUAAUCUAAAUGUCGAGUUGGAGUGUGAGAUAAAUGCAAAAAUAUUUAUUAGUCGGAAAUUCAUCAUUACAAACAUUAAGACCAAUGAAGCUCAUCAUGUCUUGCACAUGCAGUAUACUAAUUGGCCCGAUUUUGGGAUACCUAAUUCUCCUAGCGCAAUACUGAAUUUUCUUUGGUCUGUUAGAGCUUCGGGUGCAUUAAAUGAUCCGUGUUAUCCACCAGUUAUACAUUGUAGUGCUGGUAUUGGACGAUCAGGAACAUUUGUUUUGAUAGAUCUAGCAUUAAUCUUAAUUGAACAAGCGAAUUCUAUUUCUGGUGUUGAUAUCAAAAAUUUAUUUCUUGAGUUAAGAAAAUGUCGUAUGGGUAUUAUCCAGACAGCUGACCAGUUAAGAUUUUGUUAUCGAGCAGUCAUUAAGGCUGCGGAUACUUUACUUGGUAUGUCAGCUGAUCAAAGACCGUUUGCCAAGUUUGAACCGGAUAAGGAGGAAGAGGAAAAUGUGUCGGAACCUUCAAGCGAAGAUGAUUCAGAUGAUAUGAGCGAACAAGGCGAAGUUGAAGAUCUUGCUCUGGAUGAUUUCGAUUCAGAAGAAGAUGUCGCUGUCGGUGAUAUCGAGACAGAACUGUUUAAUCCAUUGAAUGAUGUCGGUGUCAGGUUUAGAAAUUAUGAGUUUGGUUCUAGUCUUAAUACCCAAAAUAAAAUCACUAUCUCUCAGUUACGUAGUUUAAACUCUCUCAUCACGUCUGAAGCUGAUUCAGAUCCACUCCAGUUACAAAAAGACCGAUCGUCAGUUGAACCAAAUCACUUGCCAGAUUACUCAGACAUUAAUAUGGUCCUAAGAAGUCAAGCAUAUCACGCCUUCGAAAAACCAGAAAAUGGACUAUCCGAAUUAUCCGCUGCAUCAAAUAUUCAUGCAAAUUCAUGUAACAGGAUUAAUAAUGCUUUACCAACCAGUCAAAUAGAACCAUUUCUUUCAAGUUACGAGAUUAGUAAAAAGAAUCCUAUUUUGUCUACGCUUUCUACAUCGCAUUCAGUCACACCUAAUUUCUAUCCAAAUAAUACUAUUUCGCGUUCGUUGCACACUAUAGGAUCGAACGUAUCUUUAUUAAAUAAUACUUCUGAAUUUGAAGAUAAUUCCGACUCAUAUGCCAAAGAAUAUUUAGCUGCUUCGAUAGAUUUACAUGAACGUCGUACUGCUCGUCUAGCUCGACAAGCCAGAAUGCGUACACAAAUCGAAGUCAUACGUACACGAAUGCGUGAAACAGAUAUGACACGCAAAAGAUGGCUUCCAACUCAUGUGCUCCAGUAUCUCCGCCGAUUUUACGCAGAAAGCGGAUAUGUAAAAAGUAAAACUGGUGCCGUAAUCAGCAGUAUCCUUGUAGUUGCCGUUAUGAGUUUCGGUACGAUUGCUUAUAUCUACUGGUAAUUCUACUGAUUAAAAUUUAAUCUCACCUUUAACACUAGAUAAAUAAAUCUUAACGACGCUCAAUUUAUUUUAUCAAGGACUAUGUCUUCUCCCAACUACUAUGCGUUCAAAUACUUCAUGUAGUUCCUUCUCAGGUGACGAUAUCUGUUUAUCUAUGAUAUCAAAUAAUAAAUGUCGUUGAUACUUGGGUUAUAAACAUGAACCUACUCACAGACGUAGGUAUAUAUUAUUGAGACUUAAAAGCUAAUCUCUCACUUUUUUUGCAUUUCUUAUUUAUGAAAAGUGUUCCCACAUUCUAAUUUAUAUUGUUUUAAAAUUAACUGAUUUUGCCUAUACAUAAUGUACUUCGUAUUUUAUAAAACCACAAUGUUUAAAAAAUAACCUAUCACCAUGAUCAUGCAAUUAUUUUACAUCUAUUCACUUGCUUCGGUAUUAUUUUAUUCUUUGAGCUCUGUAACACAGAAGACACAAUGUGGUUACAUAUCUAACCAGUUUCUUAUUUGAUCCAUUGUAAUUAUUCUGCUACGAUGUAUGCAAUUCAGAUAAACAAAAUUGUACACACGUACUUGUAAUAACAAAUAUACUUUCAUCCCUUUACCUCUCCAAUAAAAAAUCUGAUCAAAUUAUCUUUAAAUGUACGAAUAACGAACUAAAACAGCUUAAAAUGUUGUGCGAUAUUUUCACUAGUUCAAUUUAUGACAGCCUAAAUUUAGGGCAAUAGAACUGUGAAUUGUACACUGAUAAAAUCAAACCUAAAUGUGAACACAUUAUUACCAUCGAAUAAGGUACUCGAAUGUCAAUUUUUAUUAUUUUAUCAGCAUUUCAGUUCAUUCACACAUCACAUCAUUAGUUAUUAAUCAUAUGGAUUGACGCAUGAUUUCCAUGGUACUCUUUCCAUUCUAUUCCAACUGUCAUCAACACAAACAGUAUUUUCUAAUUCGGGAAAUUGUUGUUUUCUAUGAUUUCAUGUAAAACCAAAUGAACUUAACGCCGUUCAUUUCCACAUGAUAUACUGUGCACGAUUGCUGAGUGUUGAUAACAAGAAGUGUCAGUUAUUUAGCGGCUAUUAUGUAGUAUAUUCAAGUUCCUUAACAAAUAAUGAAUAUUUUUACAGGAACAUAUUAACAAAUGCGUACUUACCAGAAAAAUACCUGAUCGCAUCAAUAACCUGGAUGAUUUAAUAAAACAUCUAAUCCUAGCAGAAUUACAGGUUUCUAUCUGUAACCUUUUUAAUGAAAGGAAACAUUAUAAGUCAUAUUCGCCGAAAUCCUAAGAUUAUGAAAGGAAACAAAAGCUAAAUCGAUAAUGACAAUUAGCUAGACUGAUCUAUAAUUUGUUCAUAGUCUUUAAGACAAUUCCAAAUAACCGUAAAAUCACUAUUUCAGGAACUACCUCGAAAACCACUCAGUAAUCUAAAGAUUUCCAAAAUGUUAGAAACGCUACUCGGUAUACUUGUAAGUCUCAUCUAGCACGUUGUAAAGGUGCUCAUAUCUUGGCAAAACAAAAACGUCUUUCGUGAAAUGUUUCAAAAUAAGAAUUAAAAGGUUUAUCUUGUUUACAAAAAUAUAUAACAAUAAUCACAACGGUGGAUAAGGGAGAUACAGCGGUGUUUUGCAAAGAAAAACGAAUUUGUUGAAUUGUAUAUUCUAUACAACUAGCCUCAUAGAAGCGAUUGAAUUUCUUUACACAUGCGAGGCGGAUUUAGACAGUCUGUCACUAUUGGUGGUUCCCGUCAUAAGAAUAUUGUUGUCGACCGCAUUCAAUUUGGCUGGAGUGAACGUUUUCUGAAACAGUUUUGAUUUGUUCUACGCUAUUUAAAUUUGUGUUGAUUUCAAUGCAGUUAUUUACUUAUUCUCUGAAGAAGCAACUUGCCCUAAGUUGUAAAAAAUCAGGAAUUUAAUCAUUUAUUCACU